AGCUUGGACUCUCAGCUGGCUCGGCCUUGGACUUGGCAGCAGCCGCCUAUGCUGUCGCUGGGAGCAGAUGGUCUCCCUCUCAGAGCCAGGCGUCAGCUGUUCACAUGAGCACAGGUCGGACGCCCACAGUUCACAGAGGGAACAACACAGACUCCUGACAGCUCGCUCCCUGACGGCCUUACUGGAACAUGACAAACCACCACUGAAGAUACUUUUUGUUUCUCUGUUGAAGCUCAGGUUUACUCUGUGAAGAGAUGCCUAAUCCCAGGUGCACAACAGGAAACAGCUUAGUACAAGUUCUUCGUUCACAAGCUUCCUCUUUUCCCACCUUCAAUGAACAAACACCAUCCACACAGUAAUAGAAGAAAUAAUAAUCCCCCAAGAUGGCUGUCCCGUCACUCUUUUACUCUGUCACUGAGGAGCCUGGCGCUGGCUUAGCUGAGGUGGACAUCUGUACGCUUGAGAUUAACAUCAAGUAUGAAGUCAUCCCAUCUAUCGCCUGCUCUGUUUGCAUUUCAUUCGGCCUCAUCUACACCUUUUUUGGAUACCGCUGCUUCAAGAUGGUCAUGUUCUUCUCUGGCUUCAUGUUUGGUUCAGCAGCCGUUCUCCUGGUGUACCACAAGGAAACCCUGUUGGACGCCCAGUUGGGCUCAGAGACAAAGGCAGGGAUCGGCCUGGGCGUGGGUGUGCUCUGUGGGCUGAUGACCAUGCUGGUGUCCACCAUGGGACUCCUCCUCAGCAGCCUGCAGCUGGGGAGCCUGCUCUCCCUCGCCAUCCUGGUGGUCAUCAGACAGUUUCACAGCAUGACUCCAGUGUGGCUGCCUCUCAUCGUGGUCCUGGCUACCAGCAUCACCGCUGCUCUCUUCACACUCCAGUGGCAGAAACUGUUCACUGUCAUUUACACAUCUGUGUUAGGAGCCAUCACCGUGAUGCUGUGUGUGGAUUACCUGGUGGGGACGUUUAUGCUGCCAGAUCAGGUGUAUGAUAUGUUCUGUCAGGUCACCCCACGUCCACUCUGCUGGUAUAACUGGGGGAUCACUGGGAUAGCGCCUGUUCUGGGUCUGAUAGGUGUGUUGGUGCAAUGGAGGUUUACCGCCAAAGGAGUAUCACACAGAGAAGCUGCACAGAAAAAACAGAAGAAACAUUCCAAGAAGCACAGACAUAGAGAGUCAAAAAGAAGACCUCGACCAUACCGUCGGCGCAGGCCUCCACCCCUGAAACGCUACGCUGGGGACGUCCUGGCGCCGAGUUAUCUCCAGAGCCUUAAGGAGCGCCAGAUGGCAACAAGCUCCUCCACCAGCAGCGUCAGCACCAUCACACAUACUCUGAUUGACUUUGACUUUGAGACAGGCUCCAUGGUGCCUCUGACUGCUGCCUCCCCUGUUUUUACAGUCUGAAGGAACCCGCCAUCAAAUAUCUGCAACUUGCACAUAUCUGAGUAAUCCAUUACCAUGUACUGAUAAUUAAACAUACAGUACCUUGAAACGUUCAUUUUCUACAGACACUGCUUUAGCUUUAAACCAUAUUCUUCAGAUGAGUCUAAUCAUCAACAUGCACACAGUGGAAUGAGAGAUCCUCCCCUGAAUGAUGACAACACAAUAUGCAUCAGACUUGUGAUCAUCACUUCCUUUCCGCAUUUAUCUCACAGAUACUUUUAUUCUCAAAAUACUAUGUUGUCACAAGCUGUUCUGAGACAAAAA